CCUUGUGAUUGCCACGGCACCUUCCUUGAUGCUGGUGCGCCUCCACCAGAGAGAGAACCAGUUAACUCAUACAGACCUUUCGAGAACCGCGCUGCGUUUCAGUUUGCAGAGCUUAUCUUCAAGAAGAUCCAAGCAUCAUACGGAGAUGUGAACGAGUUAUUGAGGACUUUGGCCGCAUACAAUGUGUCUCAAGGUGGCGGCGAGCCACCUUUCGAGGACGUAGAUGAACUGUACUUGGUCAUAGAUGCGAUUCCCUAUGGCGACGCCCCAUGGGAGUCCUUCACUGUCCGCUAUACGGGCGACGUCACCCCUGAUUCGCCGUCCUGGCAGCGAGCGGACUACACGGUACAUUGCCAUAAUGUCCGACAGGUUGCUCACAACAUGAUUGGAAAUGAAGGCUUCGACGACAGCUUCGACACAACACCAUAUCAAGAGUAUACUGCGCCUGGAAUCACGCGCGUCUCAAACAUGAUGUCGGGACAGUUCGCGUAUAGGCAGGCUACAACCAUCGCGCGCGAUCCAGCAACUCAUGGCUCAAUGCUUUCGCCAGUAAUCCUUGGGGCUGACAAAACAACGGUUUCCGUUGGGACAGGCGGCCAGGAGUUUCAUCCUGUAUACAUGUCAUUGGGUAAUGUUCACAACUCGGUGAGACGUGCGCAUAAGGACGCGAUUCUCCCGGUCGCGUUUUUGGCAAUCCCCAAGGCUGCGCGCGGUGAGGCCGAGACGGAUGAGUUUCGAACAUUUCGCAAGCAGCUAUAUCAUGCCUCGAUCGCCCAUAUCUUGGAACCCCUUCGACCCUACAUGGAGACUUACGACGUGGUACGCUGCCCGGAUGGACACUUCCGUCGUGUUAUCUACGAGAUUGGGCCGUUCAUUGUGGACUAUCCUGAGCAGGUAGUACUAUCAGGGAUAGUCAGUGGUUGGUGCCCGAAGUGUCUUCUUCCUCCUGACCGUCUACAUGCGGAUGGAGGAGAGCCACGCUGUCGCAAACACACCGAGUACCUCGCUGGUGCCUUUCCUGCGGAGAUAGCUUGGAUAACAUGGGGUGUCGACAUCAAUAUCAUUCCAUUCACGACUUACUUUCCCCGUGCCGACAUCUACGAGCUCCUCACCCCAGACCUUCUACACCAGCUCAUCAAAGGCACGUUCAAGGAUCAUCUAGUUGAAUGGGUCGAGAAGUACCUGUACCAUGUGCAUUCCAAGGCAGAGGCACGACGUCGAAUGGACGACAUUGAUCGCAGGAUUGCGGCGGCCCCUCAAUUCCCAGGUCUUCGACGGUUCCCUGAAGGCCGUAAUUUCAAGCAAUGGACAGGAAACGACUCGAAAGCGUUGAUGAAGGUCUACCUUCCCGCAAUUGAAGGACAUGUACCCGAUGACGUUGUUCGCUGCUUUGCGGCAUACCUCGACUUUUGUUACCUAGCCCGACGGUCGGCUCACGACGACAACACUCUGGUAGCCAUGCAGGAGGCACUAGAACGCUUCCACCGAUAUCGCGUCAUCUUUGAGACCGUCGGCAUACGCCCUGACGGGUUCUCGCUCCCCCGGCAACAUGCCCUUGUCCAUUAUAUCGUCGGUAUCAAGCUCUUUGGCUCUCCGAAUGGCGUAUGUUCAUCGAUCACCGAAUCUAAGCAUAUUCGUGCAGUCAAGGAACCAUGGCGACGCUCAAGCAGGAAUAAUCCCUUGCCGGAGAUGCUGCGCACCAACCAACGGCUGGAUAAGCUGGCCGCGGCGCGUGCGGUGUUCACGAGCCGCCGCAUGCUCGACGGCGAUGUUCUUGCCGAUGCAUUGGACUUGGGCCCUUUCACCGUGGAAGUCGACGCGGACGCGGACGCGAUCAACGAGCCAGAAGACGAGGCGAUGGAUGUAGAUGGUCUAGUGCAUGGCAUGCAACCUGAUCUCCUGGCUUUGAUUCGUCGGUUCCUCUUUGACCAACUCAAUGACUUAGACGAGGUCACCUCGGACGACGUAGACUUGUCUGACUGUCCCCCAUUCUUCGGCAAAGUUGCAGUUUAUCGGACGGCACAGGCAACGUUCUUUGCGCCGAGCGAACUUUCAGGUAAUCGCGGCAUGCAUCGCGAGCUCAUUCGUUCCAACCAGUCGUGGCGCGGAUGGCCCCGGUACGACACGGUCCUCAUCAGCCUUGAUGCAGAUGCACCCGGGAUGCAGGGCAUGGCUGUCGGACGGGUCAUGGGGCUCAUGGCAAUCACCUACCGCGGGGAACGUUACCCUUGUGCAUUGAUUGAUUGGUUUGAGGUUACAGAUGAUCCUAAUGACGUGACUGGUAUGUAUAUUGUUCGUCCCGAGAUGGAGGAUGGGCGGCAAGCUUCAUCCAUAGUUCACCUAGACAGCAUCGUCCGUGCUGUCCAUCUCAUGCCAGUGUAUAAGGAUACAUUCAUGCCGCUUACCUUCCACUUUUCGUAUACCUUAGAUGCAUUUGAGUCCUUCUACAUCAAUAGGUACGCUGACUACCAUGCACAUGAAUAUAUAUUGUAG